UUGGGCCUCUCUUUCGUAGGACGAUUGUCACAAUUUUCACAUUGCAAAAGCGGCCCUGCGGCUAGUGAAACGGUAGCAAACAUGAACGCAGAAAAGCUGAAGAAGAUGCAGAAUGAGGUGCGCAUCGGAGGCAAAGGCAUGCCCCGCCGCAAGAAGAAGAUCGUCCACACGAGCUCGGCCGUCGACGACAAGAAGCUGCAGAUGUCGUUGAAGAAGCUCGGGGUUAACACUAUUCCCGGCAUCGAGGAGGUCAACAUGAUAAAGAACGAUGGCACGGUGAUUCACUUCAACAACCCAAAGACGCAAGCUUCGCUUGCCACCAACACGUUCGCCAUCACCGGUCAUAGCGAAACGAAGCUUAUUACGGAAAUGUUGCCGAAUAUCAUUUCGCAGUUGGGACCGGAAGGUUUGAACCAGCUGAAGAAGUUGGCCACCGCGGCGGUCGCCGAGGAAGACGACGAUGUGCCGGAGCUGACGGAGAACUUUGAAGAGGUGUCGAAGAAGGAGGCGGAAAGUGGCAGCCAAAAGACACCAGAAGUUCCUGUCUCUUCCUAAACCGCUUCUCCGCUUCUGUUUCGCCGCACCACCCCGCCUCUAUAAAACACAUACACCACAUCUUUCCCGCGCUCGGUUCCUUUUUGCUCUUUCCGAACACGAACACUCACCCACCACGGUGCCGUAUCCCUUUCACGUCUAACAUUUUCUGUACACCGUGCAAAUUGCAAACGUUUCUUAGGCCGCCUGUAAUGGGUUUGCUUCGCUGAGUUAUCAACAGUUGUGUGGACAAGAGGGGUCGCUUUGCUUGAGCGAUGCUACUCGAUAGUACGGUGAAAUUGUAAGAAUUAUAAAAACGAUAAACAAAUGCACUCCGUGGCGGUCCUGUACCGGCACGGAGUGCACCAAAUCAGUAAAACGCUGCAUUUAUAAUGUUCUCAUAGUAAAGAAAAAGAUAGAUAGAGAAGAACAAGGAUUUGACCUUCGACGAUUGUUUCGACGUAUUUACGCAUCUUUGGGAAGAUUCAAAAUUUAACAUACUCAAACCAUUGGUAUAUUGGAUGAGAAAUUUAUAUGGUUCAAUGGAUACGAAAGCUGUUUGCGAGUUUACAGAGAAGCUAGAGAUCAAGACAAAGCCACACGUUCAAACUGCUGCUGUCGGCUUUUCGCGAAUGUAAUCAAAAAUCGGCGAGAAAUAAAAAAUUGAAAGCGAGA